AGGGGACAAUGAGGCUAGCGCGCAAGUCGGGGAGAAAGGCAGGGGAAGGACUGUACAGCAGGGUUUGUACAGGGCCAACAAGGACAGAGCAAAUGUUUUUCUGAGCACGAUUCGGUAUCACGGAAAAAGACGCGCAUACUAGCCUUGCAACGAAGUUGCGAAUCUCCGCCUGUCCAGCUACAUUGUUGCCAAUGUCAGCUUUCAAAGCCUAUCCCCGCCAGGCUCCCCAAUGGGGAAGACCUGACGGACUAUCAUGCUCCAGUCUCUUGCCGGUAUCCCCACUUUCUUUUACUUACAUCGCUGGUCUAGGGCAUUGGGGGUUGGCACGACGCCAGACUACGGAUGUCUGAGCGACCUGGAUCAUGCCAACUUCAAUACGGGCAAUGUUCUAUUCCCUGGCUCGUACUGCUUGGGUGGCCAGGGGCAACCCCCGAUCUAUUCUCCAGUUGGAGCGACCAUGCCAAUUUCGCCACAGAGCUUCUUUCUACCCCAUGCAGAGCUCGAAGCAGGCCUUCCAGGUUCACGUUGGCCAACCGACCAGCAGAGUGCAGUUUGGCAAGCACCGUCGGUGAUGGGAGCAACACAUCCAAUGGCUAGCUUUGCAGGCAUCGAAGACGGCGAGCCUGACUCGAUCCCUGGACUCUGGACGAACUCCGCGGCGGAUUGUGAUCCUGUGGCGGGGACGGGGUUCACGCCUGGGCAGUUCGGAAUCCCUGGGACGGAGAUGGCGCUUUUGUCGUCGUGGAAUCGUGCCAUGGAUUGGGAUUUUUCGAGGGAAAUGGGGUUGAUGGUCCAAGGCCCCAAAUACGAGUACGAAGACUCAGCUAUGGGGCGAUUUUGAGGCGACGAACCAGGAGGUGCAGACCGAUCCCACUACGCACCGGCCGAAGCAACGUCGAACGCGCCGAAAGCGGAACCAUAA